AUGGCUGGUAUUGCUGCUAACACUGGUCUGGCUGUAUCCUGUUCGUUGAAAUUCACUGGGAUAAGGUCGUUAUCUUCUCCUCUUUCUUCUACGGCCAGAAAUGAUUCCGGCCAAAAAAACUUCAACCGGAAUUGCAGAGGAAUCCAAAUUCUACGAAGGCGAAUUAGGCAACAUAAAUCUACAGCUUACUGUUGUUUAAGAGUCCCAAUUUCAUAUGCUGCAAUCCCGUCGAGUUCCGCUCGUGAAAUUUUCCAAAUUUCACCUUCAAAUUCACAUUCUGCAACGGAAUUUAUGAAAAACUUGGUGCUGAUUGAUUUAGAUCCGGCUACAGCGAAACUGGCAAUUGGGUUUUUGGGUCCUUUCCUAUCUGCAUUUGGGUUUCUGUUCAUAUUGAGAAUAGUGAUGUCCUGGUACCCAAAACUUCCAGUGGAAAAAUUCCCAUAUGUGAUUGCAUAUGCACCCACAGAGCCAUUUCUUGUUCAAACUCGGAAGGUGAUUCCUCCCCUUGGCGGUGUUGAUGUUACUCCUGUGGUCUGGUUUGGAUUCAUUAGUUUCCUCAAUGAAAUUCUUGUCGGCCCACAGGGUUUGCUUGUUCUUCUAUCUCAACAGGUUUAG